AUGGCCAUCAACAACGGCAUCAAACAAGACCGGGUGUCCGUAUUCGCGAACCUACAACAUGCCCCUCCCGGGGGACCCUUUGCGCUGGCCGCCGAAUAUCAACAUGAUGAGAAUCCCAACAAAGUCGACCUCGUUAUUGGGGCCUACCGUGAUGACAACGGCCAGCCCUGGCAGUUGCCGUCCGUGAAAGAGGCGAAGCGAAGGAUGAACAUCGAAUCAAUAGACCACGAAUACCUGCCUCUCCGUGGAAACACGGACUUCCUAGACGCAGCUCGCACACUCGUCUUCGGACCAACGAUCUCGCAAAAUACCGUCCGGUCAAUCGCAUCAAUCCAGACGGUAUCCGGUACAGGAGCCAACAGCCUCAUCGCCGCAUUCCUGCAGCGACAUGCCCAACCAACGAAUAUCUGGCUGCCGGAUCCAACCUGGGCAAACCAUGUUGAUAUCUGGCGAGAGAACGCACCCGAUGUCAAUGUUCGAUGGUACCCAUACUACGAUGGGUAUAAUCGACGAUUCAACCUGGACGGAACGAUCAAGGCCCUCAGAACCGAAGCCCAAGAGCACGAUGCCAUUCUCCUGCACGCCUGCGCGCACAACCCAACUGGUCUCGAUCCAAACCGCGAAGGAUGGCGCGAGAUAGCCGUGCUCUGUGAGGAGAAGAAACUGUUCAUCGUAUUCGACUUGGCUUACCAGGGCUUUGCAUCUGGGGACCUAGACCGCGAUGCAUGGGCAAUUCGCCAUUUCGCUACACACCCCGAUGUCGAGAUGGCCGUUUGUCAGUCCUUUUCGAAGAACUUGGGACUUUAUGGGGAGCGGACUGGUGCUCUCCACGUCAUGGCAUUGAUAGAGUCGCCUUCCCCGUCAGCAGACUCAAUUGAGAACCACCUCGUUGACCUUCAACGGGCACUUGUCUCAAUGGCCCCUCGCCUUGGUUCCCAGAUUGCUACGGAAGUUCUUACGAGUUCUGAAUUGCAUGCAAUGUGGAGAGAUGAUCUUUUGACCAUGAGUGGACGGAUCAAGGCCAUGCGGCAAGCUUUGUACGACGAGCUGGUUCGGCUCAAGACUCCAGGAGACUGGAGCCAUAUUGUGGAACAGACUGGGAUGUUCUCGUACACAGGUCUCGGUUCGGAUGAUGUUGCGAUGUUGAAGAAGAAGUACCAUGUGUAUAUGUUGCCCUCGGGAAGGGCUUCGAUAUGUGGGCUUACGACUGGGAAUGUUCGGUAUACGGCUCAGGCGAUUCAUGAAGUGGUGACUAGGGGUCGAGUAGAGAACGAUAGAUAG